CACCCCCUGCACCUCGUCCUCUCGGCAUACUCGUUUCUCACCUCAAUUGCAUUCACUGCUAGAAGGAGGAUCACCAAGAUCUCCUUAAACAAACUCACUUAUGGAAUUAGUAUUUUAGAAGACAAUUAAGCCAGAUGUUAUGGGAUAACAUUUUAAGAAGAAAGGCGGUGACGAACUGAACAGGGAUAUGUAUUUACCUUUAUGUUCUGACUUUGAACAAGAACAUGUUAAUGUGAAGUUCGUAGGUUUAGGUUUAUUAUUUUGUUUUGAGAACACCACAAACAUUAGAGUAAUUGUUGCAAAAGUUUCAAUUACCGAUAAAUGCUUACUAAACAAGACAAUUUGACUCACAAGUUUUCAGAAUAAGAAGGGACCAUUUACGUGCAUAACGGUGUGUAUGGCGCUUGGAGAGGCAUACGUUCCCUCUCCAAUCUCACCGCAAAGAUUUGCAAUGGCGAGGUGGUUUAAAGAGUUUCCCAUCAACUUCAGAAAUGGAACAGAUAAAAUCCGUUCUGUCUCGGAGUCGGACUGUCCGAACCGUGACAAGCCUGCGGGAACCUUGGGCAUGGGUACCGCUCCAAGGGGGAGUCCGCGCAAAGGCUCCGGCGGUGGCAGAAGCGGCGGGGUGAGCUGCCUUCUGUCAGGAAGAAAUCGGAAAAACUCUACCAACGAACCUUGUCACAGUGUGAUUAAGGAUGAGAAGGUUUGGGACAGUCUGCUCUCUGGAAAAAGUAGGAAAAAUUCGAAAUCAGUGGCUGUAUCUGAGGAGCAUAAUCGGACACUGAAGAAUUGUAUCUCGGCAAGUUCUUACAUCACCCGACUCAUCAAAGUGGAGAAACAAGAUAAGAUACAAAAUCCCAGCAGUGCAUGUACUCCUCCGAUCGAAGAACAGAAUAAGGGCACGAUGGUUGGCAAACCCGAGACGGUUAUUAUCAGGGAGGAUUAUGCGGAUCCGUUCGAUGCCCAGAGGAGCCGUGAGCAGAACGUGUCACCAGGGCGGGGAGAGAACGACGGCUACAUGGAACCGUAUGAUGCCCAACAGCUCAUCACAGAGAUCCGGCGCAGAGGGUCCAAGGACCUGCUGAAGAUGUCCACCGUCCUGGAGGGCGGCGAAGGCCUGCGGGACGACCCGAGGUCCUCUCAUCCUCUGCAGAUAUAUGAUGACCCGUACGAGGGAGCCACAGAGACGACUGUGAGCCGCCCAGAGUCCGACCCACGUUCCCCAGCGGAGUAUGAGCUGCCCUGGGAGUGGAGGAGGGAACAGAUCCUGAAGGCGCUGUCAGUUCCAUUUGAUGAUGCCGCUGAUCGCCUGGACCCAACCCCAGGCAGAGAGGAGGCAGCAGCCCCACAUCUCUCCUGGCCCCAGAUGCAUCCCCUGCAGCGGUGGAGCUGGAGCCAGAGGGGCCCCAGGACCUCUCCACCACCCAGCCAGGCAGCCCCCAGACCCCCACCACCCAGCCAGGUGGUCCCCAGAUCCCCACCACCCAGCCAUUCUGGCGGGAGCCCUGUCUCCACUGCUGAGGGAGACGGAUGCAGGGUGGACCCCAGUGUGCCUCUGGAGAUGCAGAGCUGGUACCAUGGCAGUGUGACACGGCAGGAAGUGGACUCUCAGCUGCAGUCCUGCAAAGAGGGCAGUUUCCUGGUCAGAGACAGCGAAUCGGGAACCAGCAAGCACUCCAUCGCUCUCAAGACGAGCCAGGGCUGCGUGCACAUCAUCGUGGCGCAGACCAAGGAGAGUGGCUACACACUGGACCAGAGCCGCUGCACUUUUCCCAGCAUCCCCCAGGUGGUGCACUACUACUGCACCCAGCCGCUGCCCUUCCCCGGAGCCAAUCACAUGACCCUGAGGCACCCCGUGCCCCGCUCACUCUAGUCACAUGACCAGGA